AUGGUGCGUAAUUACCAGCGUCGUACCCAAAAAGGGGCAGAUGGUGAACGAUAUUCCCGAGAAGCUCUUAUUCAUGCAGCCGAGGACGUUAAAAAUAGUAAUAAAUCCAUGUACGCCGCAGCAAAAUUUUAUAACAUUCCCAAGUCAACCUUACGACAUUAUAUUAAAGGUACAAGAGAAACUGGUAUUUUGGCUAAAGAAGGACACAGAGGAGGAGAAAAAAAUGCUUUAACUAAAGAAGCGGAAGAGCAACUAGUUUCUACAUUAAAUACAAUGCAAAAGUGGGGAUAUGGGCUUUCACGCCAAGAGACGUUGGAUUUAGGGCAGGGACAUGUUGACCCCAAAAGACUCUUAUUCUUUGAGUAUGGCUACCAUUCGCAGCCACAAACUCUUUACUGUGAUUAA